AUGGCGGUGGCAGCAGCUGUGGCAGGAUUCCAAGCAGAAGCCAAGUGCCCCAUCUGUCUGGAUUACCUGAGAGACCCAGUUACCAUCGAAUGUGGGCACAACUUCUGUCGCUCCUGCAUCCAACAGUCCUGGGCAGAUCUACAGGACAGUUUCCCUUGCCCUGUCUGUCGUCACCAAUGCCAAGAGGGGCACUUCCGGAGCAACACCCAGCUGGGGAGGAUGAUUGAAAUUGCCAAGCUGCUGCACACACCCCAAAGCAAUAAAAAGAGGCAGGAAGAAACACCUUUGUGUGAAAAGCACAGCCAGGUCCUGAAUGUUUUCUGUGAGGAGGACCUGGCGGUGUUGUGUUCCCUGUGCACUGAGGCCCCUGAGCACCAGGCCCACCACGUGAGGCCCAUCGAGGAGGCUGCCUCUCAUCACAGGAGAAGACUCCGCAGUUAUAUGCCAUCCCUGAAGAAACAAUUGGUAGACCUUCAAAAAUUAAUAAGCAGUCAAAGAAAAAAACCCUUAGAACUGAGAGCAAUGGUAGAAAACCAAAGGCAAGAAUUAUCCUCUGAAUUUGAGCACCUGAACCAGUUUUUAGAACGUGAACAACAUGCAGUUUUCUCCAGGUUAGCUGAAGAAGAGGAGGACAUUCAACAGAAACUCAGUGCAAACAUAACAGAAUUCACAAACUAUGUUGCCACACUCAAAAGUCAAUUAAGCAAAGUAGAAGAGCUCAGUGUUCUGUCUGAAGUGGAACUGCUCUCACAAAUCAAAACUUUUUACAGGUCUGAAAAUGAGGUCAGCCCAUUAGUCUUCUCAAUUCACUUAAAGAAAGAAGGCUGCAGUUUUCCUCCCCAGUAUUCUGCUCUUCAGAGAAUUAUAAAGAAAUUUAAAGUAGAUGUGAUUCUAGACCCUGAAACAGCACAUCCUAACCUGAUUAUCUCUGAAGAUAAAAAAUGUGUGAGAUUUACAAAGAAAAAACAAAAGGUUCCUGAUUUUCCCCAAAGAUUUACAGUCAAACCGGUUGUCCUGGGUUUUCCAUAUUUCUAUUCUGGCAGGCAUUUCUGGAAAGUGGAAGUGGGAGACCAGUCUGAAUGGGCUAUUGGGGUUUGCAAGGACUCUCUUCCCACAAAGACAAGGAAACCACCAUCACCCCGGCAGGGAUGCUGGAGCAUUCAGCUGCGGGAUGGUGGCUAUGAUGCUCCAGGAGCUGUUCCAACCCCGUUACAGUUAGAAGUGGAAGCCAGAGGCAUUGGCGUUUUCCUGGACUAUGAGCUGGGUGAGAUCUCAUUCUACAACAUGACUGAGAAAUCUCACAUCUGUACUUACAGUGACACUUUUAGUGAACCUCUUCGGCCUUAUUUCCGUGUAGGACCUACUUCAAAACCUCUCAAGAUCUGUACAGAAACAGACUGUGAAUGA